AUGACGAUGCUGGCGAUGGCGCGAGGGUCAGAGGAUCGGCGAGAGGAAGAGGCCGAGGCCGAGGCGGAGGCGAAUGGAGAAGUAGAUGUCGUCGGAGUUGAAGAGGCCGCUCCGGUCGACCUCACAAGGCGGCUUGGGCUCACGAGGCCACCAGACCGACCGGCCAUCGCUUUCUCGGUGGAGAAUAUCUUAGACCCGACCAAGUUCACCGGCAGGUCGGAAGUACCGCUGCGGUAUGACGAGACGUAUUGGAGACCUCACUACGAUAGGGAUGAUAGCGAUUCCGUCAAAGACCACCUCCAGCAUUCAGACCUCGAAGCUGAUGAUGUGGAAACAGACGACCAGACAUCCAACAUGGAUGAUGACAUUUUAACACAGUCUGAUCUCGACGAAAAUGGAGAACCGAAGAGUCCAACCAGCUCCAGUUCAAAGAAAUGCAAGAGUUCCUCCAGAGAUUCGAAGGGGGGGACGAAGCCUAGGAGAGCCAGGACGGCAUUUACCUACGAGCAGCUUGUAUCAUUGGAGAAUAAGUUCAAGACAACCAGAUAUCUGUCAGUCUGCGAACGACUCAAUUUGGCGCUGAGUCUCAGUUUGACGGAAACUCAGGUCAAAAUCUGGUUUCAAAAUCGGCGCACAAAAUGGAAAAAGCAAAACCCAGGAAUGGAUGUCAACAGUCCCACCGUACCUCCUCCACCUGCGGGGGCCUUUCCUUCGGGCCCUUAUCCUGGAGGACUUCUCUACUCGCAUGGUGUACCCUACCCUUUCACAGGUCCAGGGCCCUAUGCACCAUACUUCCACCACUUAGCCACUAAUCAUCACCACAGCCAUGGCUCCUUAGGUCACUCCCACACGUGAUUAUGGCAACGGCCAG